AUGGACGAACCCAAGAGCCCCGACGCCGGCGCCUGGACACUCGUCGUCCCCAAGCGCACCAAGAAAGUUCUCGCCAAGCCAAAAUCAAGCGAGGACACCAAGGAGAACGCUACGCAAAACACCAAAACUCCUGCAUCAAAGGAUCAAAACGUUGAACCCGCGUAUGAUGCCUCCGCCGAAUAUGAUGCGGACUUCGAAGAGAGCGAAGCCGAAAACGUCAUUGACGAUGUUCCAACUGAGAUUCCCACGUCAGAUCCCGAGGGCUUCAUUGAGGAAUAUGAUGAGUACGCUGUCAUUGAAGACAAGAUGCUGGAUCAGGCGGUGUAUGACUUUGAAAAGCGAGAGAAGUCACUGAGUCGAUUCGGAGGUCGGAAGCAUGGGACUAUCGCGGAAGCUCGCGGCAUUCGCAUGCAAAGCGUUCAGCGUAUCUAUCUGCGAGAUGACAAAAAGGCUGCAUAUUGA